GGUGUGAGUGCAGUGUCUCCACUAGAGGGCGUGCCUGUAUAGAAGUAGCGCACUGAGCGCAGUGUCUCCACUAGAAGAAAGAGCCUAGAUUCCGGAAAAUACACGGCGGUGGUUUGCUGUACAGCUCGGUUCUAUUGGUAGGGGUCGCCCUGUCGCCAUAGUGAAGCAUGAAGCUGUGUGAGGAGGAAGUAUACCGGAAGAAGGCGCACACAGGAGGGAAGGGAAGGGAAGGGCUCCUCACACUCUGGGAGGAGUCUGCGGUGUGUGACUCAGGGAUGGGACUUCCUAGCACGGGACCCGGCUAAUUCUUGGUUGUACACAGCGCUCACAGUCCACCAUGAGGAGCUGGGGAAGUGACAGCGAGGAGGAGGACCGGAGCCCUCUGCUGGCUGAGCAGGAUGCGGUCCAUGGCAAUAUCCAGAAUGCCCCCCAUGAUAAAGUGCCCGCGUGUUGCUCUGCUCGUUACAACUUGGCAGUGUUGGCAUUACUUGGAUUCUUUAUGGUAUAUGCACUACGAGUCAAUUUGAGUGUGGCGUUGGUAGGCAUGAUAAAUUCAACUUCCCAUGAGCAAGAAAACAGGAGUGCCAAUGUUUGUCCCGACCACACGGCUCACCCAAGCACGCCUCACAAUUCUACGGGCAAGACGUAUAACUGGGAUGCAGAUACCCAAGGCUGGAUACUUGGCUCUUUCUUCUAUGGUUACAUCAUUACCCAGAUCCCAGGUGGAUACAUAGCUGGAAAAUUUGGUGGCAAGCUGUUGAUGGGAUUCGGCAUACUAGGCACCGCAGUAUUUACUCUGUUAACACCCGUGGCUGCAAAUUUGGGAGCAGGUUACCUUAUAGCGGUUCGAGCCCUUGAAGGACUGGGAGAGGGUGUGACUUUCCCAGCCAUGCAUGCCAUGUGGGCCACCUGGGCACCACCUCUUGAGCGCAACAGAUUGUUAAGUCUUUCUUAUGCAGGGGCACAGCUUGGGACAGUUGUUUCUCUUCCCCUCUCAGGGUUAAUCUGUUACUAUCUGGAUUGGGUUUAUGUGUUCUAUAUUUUUGGGACACUUGGUGUUUUUUGGUUUAUAUUGUGGUACCUUUUCGUUAGCGAUAACCCACAAACGCAUCGCUCGAUCUCAGAUCCCGAGAAGGAGUAUAUCCUUUCUUCACUCAAAAAUGAACUUUCCAAUGACAAAGAUGUUCCUGUCUGUGCAAUGCUGAAAUCAUUACCCCUGUGGGCUAUUAUUGUUGCUCAUUUUUCUUAUAACUGGACCUUUUACACUUUGCUUACUUUAUUACCUACAUAUAUGAAGGAGAUCCUGCGUUUUAAUACACAGGAAAAUGGAUUCCUCUCUGCACUUCCUUACUUUGGCUGUUGGCUUUGUAUGCUCCUUACCGGUUAUUUUGCAGACUUCAUGAGGGAGAGGUUGAACUUUUCAACUGUAGCAGUGCGGAAAACUUUUAAUACAUUAGGGAUGAUUGGACCUGCAGGCUUUUUAUUAGCAGCUGGUUACACUGGAUGUAAUUACACUCUGGCAGUAGUAUUCCUUACACUAUCAACCACACUUGGGGGAAUGAGUAUUGCAGGAUACAGUAUAAAUCAUUUGGAUAUUGCACCUUCAUUUGCAGGACUGCUACUUGGGAUCACAAACACAUUUGCCACAAUUCCUGGCAUGGUUGGGCCAGUCAUUGCCAAAAUUUUAACACAUGAAAACACUGUGGAGCAGUGGCAGCUCGUCUUCUACAUUGCUGCUGCCAUUAAUCUAUUUGGAGCGUUGUUCUUUGCAGCAUUUGCCAGCGGUACAGUACAAGAUUGGGCUGUGAGGACUAAUAAAGCUCAGAGAAGCUGAAAACAAGCACUGACACUUUAUAUACACAAGAUGCCUUGAAAUGUCAUUCCAUAUAGACAUUAGUACUUUAUUUUCAAUAUUUUGUAUUAUAUUUGAAAUUCAGGAUGCAGCCUUAUGGGAUUAAAGGGAAGGUAUAGCGUAUUUUCAGUGGCGCUCAUGUUUUACCUUUUAAGUAACACUAAAAUCUGAAUCUGUUUUUCUUUUAAAAGUAUAUCCUAUUCGAGUAUGUAUUCUUAAUUCCAAAAGCUACUUGCUGUUGCUCGGUCUUUUCCUAAUGCCUUUUUUUUUUUUUUUUUGCUUCCUGCCAUGAUCUGACUUCCUGGCUAUGUUCCCACUGUAAGUAAGAGCAUAGCCACCCUCACUGUCCCAAGAUGGACUAGGGACUUUGAACUAUGGGAUUUAUAGUGUGCAUAGAGCAGUGCACAUGUCCCCAACUGAUGUGCACGGCUCCUUUUCAAACAUACGGAAGUUAAUGGGGAAAAGGAGUGGUUUAGGAGCUCAUGGAGAAAGUUACAAGGAGAUGGAAAAACCACAGUGAGAAACUAUUUCAUGAAAAAUAGAUUACAUGAAUGUUUAUGGAUUCUUUUUGAAAAAUAAGGAUAUGUUUUUGUGUCACUUUGAAGUAAUUUUUCAUUAUGACAUUUUUUUUAGCUUUUGUAUAUUUGUUACAAAAGUAACAAAAAAUGUAUUUUCAAUGAGUGAGUUGGCUUGUGCAUUUGCUUUAUGAAUAGCAGCAGUAAAGCAAAACCAUUUUAUAGCACUUCAAAGCAGGACCUCUGUGUGUCACUAGAAAAUAUGGCUGUUUCAUG